AUGGAAACAUUGAAUUCACCGUCAGAUAAAGUUUUAUAUCAAGCUAUUAUGGAAAUUAAAGAGCCAGUGAUAUUUCAACGACUCUUACAAAAUGCAAAAAAUGAUUACUGUUGGAAAUUAUUUGAAUGGAAUUUAUCGGAACUUGCUGAAAAAUUCGGAGACAUUAAAUUACCAUUUCGAGUUGGUUAUAAUGCUAGAUCUACGAAUCCACAAUGGGAAGUAAAUUGUCCGACAGUUUUAAUGACACUAUUAGAAUUUAUUCAAAAUAUGAAUCUCCAUGAAAAUCAUAAAAAAUGGUAUUAUUUUGAUUAUAAAUAUAUGCAAGAAUGGUUCAAAAAUAAGCCAGAAAUAUUAAAUUCAGUAAAUUGGAAAAGAUUUGAUAUUGAUAAAACUGGUGAUGAUUCUACUAUUUGGAUUGGAAGCAAAGGAGCUCAUACAAAUUGUCAUCAGGAUUCUUAUGGGUGUAAUUUAGUAGCUCAAAUACAUGGAAGGAAACAAUGGUUAUUGUUUCCUCCAAAUUCAACUAACUUUCUUCAACCAACAAGGAUUCCUUAUGAAGAAUCUACAAUAUAUAGUAAAUAUAAUUUUUUCUGUCCUACUAAGGAAGAUGAAAUUAAUAUAUUAAAAAUAAAAGACACAGCAAAAUUAGUAACUUUAGAACCAGGAGAUAUAUUAUUUGUGCCUCCUGGUUGGUGGCAUUACGUUGAAUCAUUGGAUUUUAGUAUUAGUGUUAAUAUGUGGUUACCAGUAUUAACAGAUAAUAUAUCAAGAGUUAAAGAAGCUAUUGUUAAAUUAAUAAUAGCUAAAAUUGGAAAAGAUAUCUAUAAUAUACCUGAAAUUGAUGAAAUAGAUAGUAUAAAUUUGCUCAAUAUUGCUAUUGAAGAAUGUAAACAUAUAGAAAAUAUAGAAUCACCCAAUAAAAAAAUAAAACAUAGUACAUGGACUGCCAAAGAUUUAGCAAUAGAGUAUCCAGUUUAUGUAAAAUUACCUUAUGAGCUUAAAAUAACAGAAUUAGAAGAAUUUUUGAAAAUGAAAAGGGAAAGAUUUUCUGAAGAAUAUUUUGAAAUGUUAAAAGAGGAUUCUUCCAAAACUCAUAUUAAUUUACAGAAUAUUUACUCUUCUGCACAUUUAUCUGAAAAUAUUAUCAAUACAUUUUGUCAUCCUGAUGUAGUUAAUAAAGUUACAGAAUUAUUUCUAUCCUAAUAUUUAUAUAAUAUAUUGUGUAAUUUUCAAUUUAUUUACAUAAGUUAUUAUCAAUUUUUUUCAUCAUUUAUUAUUAUUUAGUAUUUAAUUUAUUGUUAAUAUUAAAUUCAUUUAUUUUAAAUAAUUAAAAUUUAAUUUUAUAUUUUAUAUUCAUUUGACAUUCAUUUGAUGUUAUAUUCAAUUUUAUUGUUUUACAUAGAGGUUAAGAUUGAGUAGUUGCACAAUUAUAUUUACACAUUCUGGAACAUAGAUAAUGCGUGUAUAAAAUUGUGAUUAGUGAUAUUUUUGUAAUUAAUAAUGGGUUUGUUAACAGUACUUAAAAAAUUAAAACAAAAGGAAAAAGAAAUGCGCAUUUUAAUGUUGUAUGUAUCUUUCUUUUUAUAUAUCUUUCAAUAUUUAUAGGUUAAGAAUAUGUUAUUGUAUUAAGUUAGUAUAUUUUUUUCACAAAAUUGUAUAUAUAUUAUUAUAUGCAUUUAUGUAUAUAUAUCUAUAUUAUUUAUUUUAAUCUUAUAAAAAUAAUUUUUUUAUAUCUUAUAAAAAUAAUUAUGAUUUGAUAUAAUAUAUAUAUUAAUAUAUAAUUAUUGUUUCUUUUAUGUAUAUUUUGAUUGUUUCAUAUAUUUUAUAUAUUUAUAGAGGUUUGGAUAAUGCUGGCAAAACAACAGUUUUAAAGAGAAUUAAUGGGGAACCAAUUGACACAAUAUCACCAACACUUGGUUUCAAUAUUAAAACUUUAGAACAUCGUGGGUAUAAAUUAAAUAUAUGGGACGUAGGUGGUCAAAAAUCAUUACGUUCUUAUUGGAGAAAUUAUUUUGAAUCUACUGAUGGUCUUGUAUGGGUAAUUGAUAGUGCAGAUAGAAGAAGAUUGGAAGAUUGUAAAAUAGAAUUAUAUAAACUCUUACAAGAGGAGAGAUUAGAAGGUGCAAGUUUAUUAAUACUUGCAAAUAAACAGGAUUUACCUGGAGCAUUGUCUGCAUCUGACAUUGCAGAAAUUUUGGAAUUACCUACUAUUAAGACUCACCAUUGGCAAAUAUACAAAUGUUCAGCAAUCACAGGAGAAAAUCUUGUAGAAGGAAUAAAUUGGAUUAUUGAUGAUAUUUCUGCUAGGAUAUUUUAUAUAGAUUAAUAUCAAAAAAGAAAUUAAAUUUUACAACUUACAUUGCUAAUAUUAUAAUGUUUUAUAAUACAAUAUGUUUAUUUCUUAUAUAUUAGAAAGCAGAGUUAUUAUAUAAUUAUACUUUAUUUAAAUUAUUAAAAUUAAGGUAUUAUAAAUAAAUUACAAAAUUCUUUUUCAUA